AUGGACGACUGGGUGCUGGACGCGCGCGUGGACCAGAUCCGCAGCUUCGUGUCCGUCCUCGGCGCCCUCAAGCUCUCCAAGCGGCAGCUCGUGCACGUCUCCGUCGCCGAGAGGGGGGUGACGGUGGUGGCGCAGGAUCCGAGCAAAUCGUUGCAGGCGCAGGUGAACUUCCGCGCGGAGACGUUCGCGUCCUACCGCGUCAACGCGUCCGCGGCGGGGACGCAGGGGCACGUCUCGGGCGUGGGCUCCGCGGUCGGAACCUUCGGCCUGGAUCUCGGCUCCCUCAUCGACGUCCUCAACGCGUUCGCGCCCCUGGACGGCGAGUGCGAACUCUCCAUGCGAUGGCCCGAUCGCGACAACUCGCUGGUGCUCGCGGCGUUGACCGUGAGGGACGCCGCGGAUCCGCACGCCGGCCGGCCCGCGCGCAUGUGCACGCACGCGUCCAUCGCGCCCGAGGUGGACGGAUGGUCCACGACGUCCGCCGCCGACGCCGAGCUCGUCUUCCGCGGCGAGCGCAACGCGUUUGCCAUGCCGACCACGGCGCUGCGAGAGAUCGUUGACGACCUGGAGUGGCCGUGCGCACCGAUGACCAUCGCGAUGAGUUCGCACCCGUCCCCGUCGCUCUCGUUCUCGUCGAAAGGUAAAGACACCGGCGAGCUGCGCAUCGACGUCGACGCGACGCCGGGUUCGUCGGCGCUGACGGAGUUUUCGUGCGCCGAAUCCGGGGCGUGGACGUACCGGUACAGGUUCAUGAAAGCCGCGGCGUCGUCGCUUCCCCCCGCGCUCGUCGGUCCCGCGCACGCGCGCGAGGAGGGCGGGUCGCCGACGAUGACGCGCGUGGCGAUCGGCGAGGGCGGCGUCGUCAAGAUCGUGCACCUGGUGCACAUGAACAGGGCAGCGCACGCGAACGCCGGCGGGCAUCAUCAUCAUCAUCACUCGGGGGGAUACGGCGACUCGCAGCGGUACGGCGGCGUUGGGGGUGGGACGCGAGGGACGGGUGGGACGGCGGGGCACGGGGGGACGCGCGGGGGUGGGACGCAGGGUCCGGGGAGUUACGUGGUGCCCGUGACGUUCGUGGCGUACGCGGAGGUUGAGAUUGACGAGGACGAAGGCUACAACGAACCGCUUUAG